AUGUUACUAGUAUUUCGCCAAUUACCGUGGUUCUUACGCUUAAACAAACCUUUAAAAUACGAUGUAAAGGAGAUAACAGAGAAGUUUCCGCUGGCGACAUAUUUAGCCAGUGUUUUGCCUCAGUUACCAGAAAAAGCAAAAUCAAUUGAAUGUAAGGACUACGAUACUAAUGAACUGAGUGUUAUAACUACGGUUUUAGAAAGAAAGCUGGUAUCAUCAUGGUACAUUCAAUAUAUUUCCCAGGAAAUCAGUUUCCCUUUUGCUUGCAAACAGUUACUGGAUCAGAUGAUCAGCAAAGGCUUUCAGAUAUGCAAUAAAAUAGAAACUAAAGAUGUUUAUGUCCACAUUUGUGCAAUUGGUAUAAGUCAUUUAAAAGAAUAUAAGAAAGCUUUAAAACGACAUGAGAAAUCUCCUUCAAAAACAACAGAAACUUUGUACAAAAGGAUCCACCACAUAUCUGACCCUAAAAACAAAAAAUCUGCAACUGCUGAUCACUGUGUUAACAUAAUUAGGAUAAUAUUAAAAGAACUUGUACCCUGGGAGUUGUGGGACACACCACAUUCUGAACUCUUAGUUAGAAUUCUUGCUAAGAAGUUAGAUACAUUUAUUGACUCUACAAUAUCUGAUCCUCUUUGGCUGAAUGACAAGUUAAUAACUAUUUUAGCAUCAACAAAAGAAGAAAAAGUAGAAAAGAAGGAGCCACAUUUUCAGGAAGAGCAGAAAAUAGUAAAAGAUGAAAAAUUGGACAUCCAAGCUCUUGGAUCCAAUGAAUUUAAGGAUAUACCUGAAGAAGCCAAUAAAGUUGACAAUGUUGGAGGUAUGGAAAAGAAUGAUAAAUGUAUUGAAGCAAAAGAGGUAGUCACAAGUACAGAGUCAGUUGAAAUUAAACCAGUUUUGAGGCAAAGACGUGGGAGACAGGGCAAGAAUGAAGUUAAAAUUUAUGACAGAAUCAUCGAGGGUAGUGUGAAAACAUGGGAGACUGACAUGGACCUUCAAUGCAUCAGCAUGGGUCAAGAUUUAUUAGCCAGCUUAGAUGAACUGACCCUCAGUCGCCUGUGGGGACAUGAGGAAACCGAGACUAGUCCCAAUAUAAGAAGUGUCUCUCCACAGCCACUUUGGUUUGGUGAAGAAGACGCUAUAGACUUGGACACAGAAACAUCAAAGGAUACUAAAGGCAGUCCAAAAGCCACUGAUGCACUGCUCAAAGACAUCCAGAGUACAAUGAACCAGGCGAAGAGCAAAAUCGGAGACCUGCAGGUCCCGUUGCACGUAGACAAGCGUCCCAGUGAUGAAGCAGCAGGCAUGAUGGAGGGAUUACUGGAUAAAGGGAUCGCAGGUAUCAAAAAGGGAUUGCGCUUGACGGGACUUAGUGAUGAUUCACAGGAGAAAUCGCCGUCUCAUAAAUCUGGGGAAAAAAUAUCACCAUCUGAAAUGAACAGGCAGAGGCAGGGAAAACUUGAAAUGGUCACAGAGCAUAGAGACAUAAAAGAGUUUAUUCCAAAAGAUGAAGCAAACUCUGCGCCAAUAUUAAUUAAACAGCAACGAGUGACUUCGCAAGAUAGCACGUCCCAGGUCAGAGCCCGAGUGGAACACUUGCCCUUCAGUUUGUCUGACUCUCCGGAGCCCCAAUAUGAAGAGGCGGCUGACCUUUCUCAUACCAUCGCAAAACUGAGGUCAUUACUAAAUGAGGCUACGCCGAGAACUGAAGAGAUUUGGUGGGAGGGGGCGGAGGAGACUCGCGGUAGAACGCAGAGUCAUAACUCGGAGAGACACGUCGAUACUGCUACUCUAGCAGAUGAAUAUGACAUGAAUCUGGAGCGAAACGCCUCACCGGGGCAAACUACCAACAAUAUGCAGCGACUUGAUAAACUGUUUCAACGCACUGUUACCGGCGUAUUUAAUUCUAUUAAGACAGCAGUGGGGGCGGAGGGCGAGGGUGAACCUCCCAGACAGUGGACCUACGUUGCCACCAAUAUGGAAAUUAGCGUGGGUAGCGCAGUGGCUCGCCUCGUGGGUUCUCGUCGCGCGAUGUCUCAUGUUGACACCGCUCUUGAUUCGCUCCAGCAGUUGCCUGCUCCAGUCUCCCAACCGCCGCCCUCUGACGACUUCGAGGAGUGGUGCGUGGGCCAAGCUAGAUGGAGUAGUACUUGUGAAGUUCUGUGUGAGUUGGGUCUGUUUGAGGAGCAUGUCUCGUACAGGAUUGCUACAUUACUACUUGCAGAUGUGGCGGAAACCCUGAUAUGCACUUGGCUAGAAGAGCUAACAGCGUGGACAAGAAAACAAGUGUUUGCCGUUUUUGAGGAAAUGUCGGAAGAAAGAAGUGAACCGGUGAUCAAAGAGACUGUGAGGGAGUUGAACGUUGAUGAAACGUGUCAUAUUAUAAUGGAAAAAUUACCAGAAACAUACAUAUUUGGCGAAGAGACCCUGAGUCGAGCUGUGAGACUGUUGAUUAGCAGCUUCAGCCACAAGAGCGUCAACCAGGACGUUAUGUAUCGGGUUUUGGACCUAAUUGCCGCUCAUUUUAAGAAGUCGGCUGCAUUAAGAAGUUAUUCUUUUGAUAACAACUGA